CUCCUCCCUCUCCCAUAUCUCCCCUGACCAAAGCAGAGGCGUCUUCUUCCCCGGACUCUCCCCAGCAUCUGUCUCCAUCCCAAAGCUGGCGCGGGCGGGCAGAUCACAACACGCCAUGCCGGCCGCCUGCUCCCGCCUCCAUCCAGCACCGGAGUACAGCGCGGGCGCGCAGCUAGUUAGCUAGCGAACAAACCCAGCAGCAGGACACGCCGCCGCGCGCCGACAACAAAGCGAUCUAGAAGAGCACAGGACGGAGCAAGCUAGGUGUUCCUGAGGGAGUCGACAACAGUACAACACAAUGGCCACGGAGCAGCAGGCCCAGCUGUGCUGCUACACCGACGGCGGCGGCGGCGGCGGAGAAAGCGCCAACAAGCGAAACGAUGCCAUGCCGGUGGCGGUGGCCGUGUCCCUGUGCCUCCUCCACGACGCGCUCAGCGUCGCGCUGUUCCUCGCCUCCCACCCGCUCCACACCGUAUACCUCCUCUUCUUCGCGCGCGGCCUCCUCGCGCUGGCGGCCUUCUUCUGGCCGCUCCUCGUCUCCACGUCGCUCCUCCUCGCCGCGCUCGCCACCGUCGGGCCGUACGUCGGCGGCGGCGGCGCCGAGUGGCCAGGGGUCAGGUCUCUCGGCAGGACCUGCGGCAUUGCCGUCGCCGCGCUCUGCGCCGAGCUCCGGCCCGACGUCGGUUUCCCCGCCGCGGGGCUCCUCGCGCAGCUCUGCUCUUUCGUCCUUGGCCCCACCGAUGCUGCAUCCGUUCUCCGCGUCGAGGAGAUCAUGGGUGAGCCCUGUGCCGUUAUUACUACAGCUUCUUGCUUUGUGCCUGAGAAGGAGCAGAGCUUGCUGUUGUUGAUUGGUGGUGACGACUGCAAGGAGCCUGCAUUUGCGCUCCCAGUAAUGGAUUACAUUGGUGACAGAAGCUUGUUGGAUUAUGGGAAUUUCCAUGAUUUGAAGGACAAAAUCGAUGAGAAAGUUGUGAUUUCCGAGGGUAUGAAGGGCUCUGAUCCUUUGGCUGAGCAGUGUUGUUUCCCCAGAGACAGAGACACAUCUCUUGUGCAAGAAAUGGAAGCAGAGGAAGAAGAAGAGAGCUCCAUUCAGGGGCAGGACUUGAUUUUGUCAGCCAUUUAUGAGGUCAGCGACGGUGUUGAGGAGAAGAGAUUGGAGUGUGACCCAGUGUCAGUAGAGAUCAAGAAAUCCGAGCCAGUGCAAGUAUUGGAGAUCAGGAAAUCUCAGCCAAUGCAAGCAAUGGAGAUCACGAAAUUGGAGCCAUUGGAACCAAUAGAGUCCAAGAAACUGGAGAUCAAUAAAUUUGAGCCACUUCAUGCAAUUGAGAUCAAGAAAUAUGAGCCAGCGCAAGCAGUGCAGAUCAAGAAGUUUGAGCCUGCAGAACCACCGGAGGUCAAGGAAUAUGAGACAGUGCAAGCAGUACAGAUCAAGAAAUGGCAGCCCACACUGGAGAUCCAGAAGUCUGAGCCAGUUGAAUCAGUGGAGAUCAAGAAAAAUGAGCUGGUGAAACCACGUUCUUUGAUUGCCCAGCGCAUCAAACUAUGGGAAGCACAAGUAGUAUCUGGCAAUGCCAAGCCAUUUGUUGCGGGCAGGGAGGAAAAUGCAGUGGAAUUCAGUUUGAAAAAUAAGCCAGCAGCCAAGUAUGCCAAGAAGUACGUGCGGUUUGAGGCUGAUCCUUGCGCUGAGAAAUGCAGAAGUGAUCAGCAAGCUCAAGUUUCUGCUUCCACUGAACAAUGCGUCGAACAACAGCAAGAGCAAGAGUUUAAGGAUGUCAAACAAUGCAUGUAUUCGGAGACUGAAGCUAGUGAAAAAUGCAGCCAAGACAUGAAGGCUGAAGAAAUCACUCCAGCUGUCGUCGCACAGGCUGAGCAAGAGCUGCUGGAACAAGGCUGCAACGAUGUGUUGCAAGAGCUGGAGUACCAGAUUGCUCAACCUGAACAAGAACUUGAAGAAAUGGAGGAGAUGUACAACGACGUGACACAAUCUCCAGCCAUGUGGAAUGCGAGGGAGAGUCCACUGAAGUCGACAUCGAUCGCCGGCCGAGUGCACUCGCGGACCUCGUCGGAGAACCUCCUCAGCGAGGGGUCUCCGUCGCGGAAAGACAAGGAGUGGAAGAGGACGCUGGCGUGCAAGCUCUACGAGGAGCGCAUGCAGCUCAGGCUGUGCCGCGACCGUGCCGUGGUGGAGGGCAGCGACAACAUGGACAUGCUCUGGGAGGCCUACGAGGUGGGCAGUGGCGGCAACAAGGGCAGAGGCGGGAAGCGCAGUGGCAGCAAAGUGAAAGGCAGCACCAGCAAGGUGGACGAUGCUGUUGAGGAAGGCGAGGAAGAGGAGGAAGACGCCGACGACGACGAGGAAGGUUCAGUGAGGCAGCUAUGCUGCCUGCAGGCCCUCAAGUUCUCCACCAGGAAGAUGAACUUUGGAGGCGGCAAGCCUAGCCUGUCCAAGAUCGCCAAGGUCCUAAAGAGGAUGACCGCGCUGUCGAGGAUGGGACCGCGGCGCAAACAGUCUGAAUGAAGGUCAGCUCAGCUGUUGUGAACUGGUGUGAAGUGAACAAUGGAUGGAACUUCUUCUCGAAUGUAGAACCGCUCUACUGUCACGGUUUGUUGUGCUGUUUUUCAAUUGUAUUUCUUUUUCCACUUUGUGUAUAUAUGUGAUAUACCCAAUGGUUUCAGUGAUUGGGGUAAUUACAGGGCUGUCACUUGAUCUGCAGAAUGUAAUAAACCUUAAUCCGGUGUGUAAUUUUCGUGCAUUCAGUCAAUGUUGUGUCUGUGUCAACAUUUACUGAAAUGCACUAAGUUUCAAUGAGGACAAAUGCAAUCCAUCAGCUAUA